AUGAAGCCCUUCGUCUCGCUUGUGCUCGCAUUCCUCGCCCUCGCGGCGCACCACCACCACCACGGCGCCGCCGCCACGCCCAUCGCACUCGCCGGCGACAACGCCCCCGCUGCAGCAGCCCCCGCCAUCGUGUGGCCUACCUUUGUCGGCCCGGUCAAGUUUACGCCCGCCAAGGCCGGCCUCACGCCCCCGGAGGGCGGCAAGCCCAUCACCGCGCGCGGCGGCGCGGGGGACAAGCACAGCCACCACCGCGGCUGA